AUGCCAGACGCGGUCUCUUCGAACGAGGCCUCCGGUCUUGAUAAACGUCGAAAGUACAUCGAUAAUAUCCUCCAUGACCAGCAGUGGACACACACCACGCACGCAUCAUCAAUAAUCGAUAAAAUACCCGCCGAGAUCCUCCAUUCGAUUCUCUCGUUCCUUUCCCCGCACGAUCUUGCCCGCGUGUCCGCUACAUGUCGUGCCCUCGCCGAACAUGCCUCCAACGACCUGUUGUGGAAUCGACUACUGAACUCCCAUCUCCCAUUCCCGAUCCAUGACCCGGGCCCCUUUGACACAUUUCGCCGACUGUACCUCGCCCAUCUGCCCUACUGGUUCAUCCCUCAACACAAAAUCUGGUUCGCAGACAACGAACACACUGGCAAUUUGAUACUAGCCCGCUACGAUAACAGACGGGGCGUGAUAGAAGCAUACCGUGUAAUCGCAGAUCGGGGCUCCCCUCAAUUCCAGGUUUGGGAAGCACACCCAGACGUGAUGAUCCAGUCAUUCUAUCCUGCUGUCAGUCUGUGGUUAGAUGACCCUGUGCUACUCCUCAAAGAUAUGCAGCCAUCGGAACCGACAUCUGAAUGCCAAACUUGGAUGGCAGAGCGCAAAAUGCACAUGCCUGCCGAGGCCAAUCAUCUCUUCAAUUCACUUAUCCUGUGCUCUAAUCAGCAGGAUCCCGAUGUUCAAGAACCCGAUCAACUUUGGCCGCCGCCGACUAUUCCCAGUGGAAGUCGCGUAGUCAGAUCGACUGAGGGGGUGGAUGUAAGCGAUCCUGUGCAUUGGUCCGAAGCAUCUCAGAAAGCAUUUCGCAUUCGUCGAUGGACGAACUUCAGACUGAUGAUAUCGCCGGGCCACAACUCAGCUAUGCUUACUUAUUCCACCCUUGAUCCGAACCUGUACACGCCAACGAAAGAAAAGCCCUAUCAAGGUAUUUGGGUCGGGGACUAUUCAGCUCACGGCUGUGAGUUCCUCCUCAUAAUCCAAAGUGACAUACCCGAGGACGAGGAGUUUGAAGAUGACUCGGAAUUCGUCCCGCGAGGAAGUCUGCAUGCUCUCAAAUUGACAGGAGACCCCAAUGUGCCACGAGGAGAAAUCACAUUUCUUGCCAACGAUAUUGGACCAAAUGGUCUCAUCAAGGUGGAAACCGAGGAGCCCUUCAAGGGCGCUCGGAUUGUCGAGGCCCAGGGACACGUUGCCGGCCUUGGUUUCCAUGAUGACACCUACAUAUCAUCUCAGCUCAUUCUGGUGUCUACAGAGUACAUUGCUCAUUAUUGGCAGGAGAUGGGCCACAUCUCUUAUUACCGCCGCGUGGAUAUUAACACCCUCCUGAAAACAUAA